ACUGAUAGAUUAUCUGAUCACUGCUUGUUAGUUGUUGCAAUAAACUAUGAUUACGUGUAUCUUUAGAGAUACUUGUUUGUUUAGUUGUUUUAAAUUACGUUUAUCUUUGUCUCUGUGCAGUUAUGCAAGGCAUAUUACAUUACAUAUAUGCAAAGAAGCAAACACAAAUCCCACCUAUAACGGCAAUCACAAGGAAACAAAAUACUUUCCUUAAUUAUUUCCUCAAAAGCCCAAACAAACUUUCCCUUUCAUUUUCUUUAUAUUCUUUGUUAAACAUGAAUUCUUGGAUCUACCCCAUAAGCUGAAACUAGCAGAGAUACCAACUUUAGAGCUGUAAAGAUUCCACCUUUUCACUUAAGAAUUCAUAUUCCAAUAGUUGAGGUUUAAAGGGUUUUCUUGUUUCUUGAUCACUUAGUUUUGGAAUCAUAUAUGUGCAGGUUAAGAUAUUUGCUCUGAUCAUUGCUCUCAUAUUUGUUACUGUGCAUUUGUAUUGAAGUUGUGAUCUUUAGUGUGUUUGUCAUGGGAUCAUAUACCUUUUUCCUUGUUUGUAUACUCCAUUCUGUGGUUGCCAUAACUUGUGGAAUUCUCAUGAUGUUCUAUACUAAUGAGGUGUUUGUGUUUAGUCAUGGAAGAGAAACUGCUGUUAAGUUGAUGGGGUCAACACCUCAUGAUCAGCUGCUGAUUCAAACGUCUGAUUCGUUUUCGGGCUUGCUUUUGUUUGCGAUUGGAUUUCUUUUGUUCAUGGUGGCAUUUGUUAAAGAUAGGAAUUUUCAGGGUGCUUUUGCAAGAGGGUGUGUGUUUUUACAUGUUGCUACGGCUGUUUGGAGAAUUUCGUUUGAUAGGAAGCUUCUUGAGGAUCUUGGUGGGGAUUGGGUGAGGCUGGUGGUUGGGGACAUGGCCUUGGCGCUUUCGUGGGUGUUUUUUCUUCUUUACACUUGGAGAGAAAAGUAUGAUUAGUUGUAUUUGGAAAUAGAUGAUGAAGUGUUAUUACAACUAUGAGGCAAACCAUGUCCUGUGAGCACGCUGCAGUAUCGCUUGUUUGGUGUGAAUUGAGAGGUAACGAAGCAGAACACAGGUAUGAUAUGUUACUGAGUUACUUUGUUUCCAGGAAGAUGGUAUUUCCGUUACUGCAAAAAAUUAUCUUCCAUGUAAUUUGUUCUUGGAAAACAAUGAAAUUUGCUAUUAUUUUUCUGCCUGUCGUACAAGCUCGCAUUAGAAAGAUUUAGAGAGCGUUUGGAAUAAGGUUGGAAACGGGAAUAGGGAAUGGAGAGUAUGAGGAUGUGGGUUAACAUGAAUGGGAAUGGUACGGAAACCCCCGGGACGGAAAGGGUUUGAUUUAACUAUAACCACAAUUGGGAUUUUCAUUCCAUACAAUCAAAUAACUAAUCCAAACACUUAGACAUAAGAUUAAGAUUUCGAUUCCGCUUAACUGAGCUCGUUAACCAUGAACCAAACACUUCCUUAGAACUAUAAAACUGGGACAAGAUUUGGUCUUGUGAUUUGGUAGCCUUGAAUAUGAACAUGUACUGCAAUCCCUUUGAAGACCAAAUAAUUUAAAGACCAAAUAAUGUUGAGGAUUAUUGGGAGCUACCUAUGUUGUCAACAAAGUCCAUGUGAAACUACAUAUAUUAAGGGCAGGUUCAUGAACCAAUAUGAUUAUAUGAGGGCCUCUUUAGACUGUGGUUGAUCCAAAAGUUCGGCGAAAAACAGGGCACUUGGAAAAUCACAAUUUCAAGAUAUAAAUUUUAACAAUUGUACAAUAUUGUCUAAAACAAUUUUUUAAGAAAAAAUUUGUGUAAUACGUGGUGGAUCAAAGACCUACUUUAACCAUCAUAAAACUCGAUUUUACUACUUGUAACUCGAGGCCCACCAAUCUUUAUCCAUCAUAAAAGUUAAUAUCACAACUUCUCAGUUGAGUAACACAUAAAUGUCGCAUGUGAGAGUACACUGAAAAUAUUGGUGUGGGUCUGGCUUAUUAUUUUUCUUUACAAUUUUUCUGAUUUAAAAGUUUUUAAACUAAUGUAUAUAUUUUCACAGCAUAGUGGCCUGCACCAUAUCUUUUCACUCUUCUCCAGGCAGCAAAUGGGUUUGCUCUGGGAUGCUCUAUAGCCCUUUUAGAUUCAGCCUUUCACUUUCCAAAAGACUCUGUUGUUGAUCCGGAUCAAAGUCUACAAUUUCCAUCUUUUCUGUUGGUAUUGUUUAAUUGUGGUUUGCAACAAAAUAUCAAAGAGCAGUGCUGUGUACAGCUACUUCAUAAACUGAUGUACUUGUAACAUUUCAUUAACUGAUCACAAAUUACAAACACAGAUCAUAUA